AAUUUUUCAAAAUGGAUAAGUAUCACAUUAUUCAUCCAAUUGGAGAGGGAUCUUUUGGUAAAGUCUUCAAAGGGCGAAGAAAGCAGUCCGGCCAGAUAGUAGCCCUGAAGUUCAUCCCGAAGAAAGGGAAAACAGAAAAAGAGCUCAUAAAUUUGAAGCAAGAAAUCGAGAUUUUGAAAGGAUUGUAUCAUGAAAAUAUCAUCUUGCUACUAGACUCAUUCGAAACCCCACACGAGUUCUGUGUUGUCACUGAGUUCGCCCAAGGUGACUUAUUUGAAAUUUUGGAGGACGACAGAAAUCUUCCAGAAGAAGAGGUUAGAAAAAUUGCUCAACAGCUAGUCCAUUCCCUUUACUACCUUCAUUCAAAGAGAAUUAUUCACAGAGACAUGAAGCCUCAGAACAUAUUGAUCAGCUCAAGUGGGAUGGUAAAACUGUGCGACUUUGGAUUUGCCCGGUCAAUGUCUACAAACACUAUUGUACUUACUUCCAUUAAGGGGACGCCAUUAUACAUGGCUCCAGAGCUUGUGCAGGAACUUCCUUAUAAUCACACCGUAGAUCUGUGGUCGUUAGGAGUAAUCCUAUAUGAACUGUUUGUUGGACAACCUCCCUUCUAUACUAAUAGUAUCUAUACUCUGAUCCACUUAAUUGUGAAGGAUCCAGUGAAAUUCCCAGACAACAUGUCAGCUGACUUCAAAUCAUUUUUGCAAGGACUUUUGAAUAAGACUCCAAGCGAGAGACUCUCUUGGCCAGAUUUGCUUAGCCAUCCUUUCGUGAAAGAAACCGAUGAGGAGAAGAAGGAGAGAAAACUUAGAACCGAGCUCUACAACAAGUGGGCAAUGAGGGAGCAUCCUUCAGGAGGGAAAGAUCAACUCAAUUCUCCCUUCACCCUUGGAGGUUUUGGAGGUAAUGACGGAGAGGAUGCUCAGGAGCUUGAUACUACAAUCAAUCCUUCUUUUGAAUACACUAUUGAAAAGUCCCCUGAUGAGGAAUCCAAUCUCAUUAUCGGAGAGAAUGAAGUCUGGUCUAAAUACGAAAGUUCCGCCAGAAAUGAAAAAGGAGCUACUGCACUCAGGCAUGACUCCAGCUUUCUUGAGAGACUUAUCUAUGUACUCCAAAUAGAAAGUGCAGACUUACAUUCUGAGGAGAAACUGGUAAUACUUCAUGUAGCUUUGAGAGUACUGGCUUUGGUCCUUAAUAAUUCCAAACUGGAAGAUGCUGAUAAGGACAUACUAAAGAGCUCCUCUGUGCCUACAUUGCUACUCUCCUUAUUAAAGCCAGUUUUAAAAGUAAGCGAUAAUUACCCAGAGACUCUUGGAUACUUAAUCAGAGCGAACACUCUUCUGAUCAAACCAACAUUCAAUCAGACUGUCGGUAUUGAUCCUCAAAUUGUGAAAGAGCUAAUGCCUCAGAUUCCUGGGUUCCUCAAGAUGAAAACCGGCUCUGCUAGUGCUAACAAUAUGAUCCAUGAGUAUAGCCUUAUCAGUUUGGGUAUUUUCGCUUCCCAAGCUGCAGUGAUGCCUUCCAAAAUGGUUGGUGUUUACAAAGAAAUACUCAAUUUAAAACUUGUUGAUGAAUUGUGCUACAGAGUUUCACUGAUAUCUGGAGUAGUAAACGAUCUUGAUAAGAAAGCCAUUCAUAUCAUCUCAUGCAUCAUAAGUCCCUACUUCGGAGAAGUCUAUAGUUUCCCAUGGAAGAGAGGACCUCACACUGCUGUUGCAGAGUAUAAUGACUGUGUUCACACAUUUGAUAUACUAAAAGAGACUGUAUAUAGAUGCUUAGCUGACUUCUCAUGGAUGGGUACGCUUACUUACUCUUAUAAAGAACUCUAUGAAGUAGAUAAUGUCACUUGUAUUGCUAUUUUCAGAAUCUUCCUCCAGUUACUCAAGUUCAAACUUGAAAUCGCCUCUGAGAUAAUCUCUGACGGAGGAGUUAUGAAGCUAUUGCAUACAGCCCUUGCUGGGAGCAAUCCAGUGCUCAAGUCAUUAGCUCUUGAGAUGUUCCAGAUCUUGAUCUCUCAACUAGCCCAGUAUAGACUUGAUUUUUCAGACCUUGGUCUUGAAGUCACCAACAUCUGUGAACUUAUGGAAGAUAAUAUCUCCACAGAGCCCCUUGUGGCAAGCUAUGCAUCAGGUGUUAUUUAUGAAAUUAUGGAGAAAUGUGGAGGCGCUAAUGCUGACUUUAUAGUCAAAAGAUACUCCGAUGUGAACAAGUUAUCUCUCAUCCAGCAACUCUUAGAUAUUAAUAAGCCUAAAGAUGAUAUCAAGAAGGUAGAUGGAACUAACUUCGGAUGUCCUAAUAGAGGAUUCUACGAUUACCCCCUCCUUGUUCUAGAAAGAUUGUACACAAAGCAUAUCAGUGAAUCAACAAGAUCUUCUAGCAAGACUGAGUUCUCAACCAGCUUAGAUAAGAUUAACAUUGCUGACACAGUUGUCUCAUUUAUUCUAAAUCUAAGCAACAGAACCGAUGUAAGUCCAAGAGGAAUCAUCCCUUUGCUUGGAUUUAUUCAUCAAUGUAUUCACAAAGACAUUAAGAAUGUACUCCAGAAGAUCUUCAAGAACUGUAUCAAAGUACUAUGUGCUUUGAUCAGAGAGGAUCAAUUCCUCAGUAUCCAAGAGUGGCCAGAAUUAUGUGGAGGGGGACCAAACGCUGUCAACCUAAUUGCUUCCCAAAUUCUGAGAACCUUCAAUUUGCCAUUCACUAAGCAGAACAUAGAUAGAGAUUUAGAGAAGAUCAGUCAGGAGCUUGCCAAGAGUGACAUCAUCUACUUAAGUCUGACUGUCCUCAAGUACGUUAACCCAGAAUACAUCAAUAUUGGAAUGUCAUUGUUGUGGAAGUUGAUCUUCAAUUCUGAAGAGUCAAAGACCUUUGCUAAACAAUUUGUCUCAGGAGGAGGUCUAAAUGCUAUCUUGAAGUACAAGAUCUUAGAUCCCGAUAACAGUGAAGUCCUUCUGGUCGAUACAUUGAGUCUGAUCUCCCAGCUUGCAAGACUCUCGAAGGAGUUUUACGAGCCUAUCCACCAAGCUGGUAUGUAUGAGGAGCUGAAAGUACUUAUCGAGCAUAAGGACCCAGGAGUCAGAGCUAAAGUCUGCAAUCUCAUUGGUAAUUUAUGCAGACAUACUGGAUUCUUUUACGAAAAAUUACUGAAGAGUGGGCUCAUUGAAGCAGCUAUUGAUAGAUGUACAGAUUCAGAUCCAAAUACCAGGAAAUUUGCAUGCUUUGCUGUUGGAAAUGCAGGGUUCCAUAACGAAAAUCUCUAUGAAAGCUUGAAGCCAUGCGUCCCAUUGCUCGUAACGCUUCUUCAAGAUGACGAAGAGAAGACUAGAGCUAAUGCUGCUGGGGCUCUUGGAAAUUUCGUGAGAAAUUCCAACACUCUCUGCAAAGAUUUGAUCACUCAUGGAGCUCUAACUCAACUACUAGAAGUAGUCAAGAACGAUAAGGGACCUUCUCAGAGUCCAAGAAGGAUCGCUCUCUUCUCUAUCGGUAAUCUUUGUGUAUAUCAAGAGUGCAAGGAAGAAUUCGAGAAUAUGGAAAUCAGGAAGGUCAUAGAGCCUUUCAGAAAGUCUGACUCUAAAAGUAGCAGUGACCCUCAAGUGGUAAAAUAUGCUACCAGAAUCAUCCACAAAUUGGAUGAUAAGAGCCAGCGUUAAUCAUUUUACUACUUUCAACUGCA